CAAGCACUCCACACUGCUGUGCAGAACGAGAGCGUAACCAUCAGUACUCAAUAGUUAGAGCGACCAAUAGAUGAGUUCCUCCCCGUCCUUUGGUCUCCUGGCCUUAGCAGCAGUACUCCUAGCACUGAACUUAGCACAACAUGGCUCCCUCGCCGCAACCGUCGGCCCCAGGGUCAUCGUCGUCGGCGCCGGCAUGUCUGGGAUCUCGGCGGCGAAGAGGCUGUCGGAGGCCGGGAUAACCGACCUGCUGAUUCUGGAAGCGACGGACCACAUCGGCGGGCGGAUGCACAAGACGAACUUCGCCGGCAUCAACGUCGAGUUAGGCGCCAACUGGGUGGAGGGCGUGAACGGCGGCAAGAUGAACCCCAUCUGGCCCAUCGUCAACUCCACCCUCAAGCUCCGCAACUUCCGCUCCGACUUCGACUACCUCGCUCAGAACGUCUACAAGGAGGACGGUGGCGUCUACGAUGAAGAUUACGUCCAGAAGAGAAUUGAACUGGCGGACAGCGUGGAAGAGAUGGGGGAGAAGCUCUCUGCCACUUUGCACGCCAGUGGCAGAGACGACAUGUCUAUCCUUGCCAUGCAGCGCCUCAACGAACACCAGCCGAACGGGCCGGCGACGCCGGUGGACAUGGUGGUGGACUACUACAAGUUCGACUACGAGUUCGCGGAGCCGCCGCGCGUGACCAGCCUGCAGAACACCGUGCCUCUCGCGACCUUCAGCGACUUCGGCGACGACGUCUACUUCGUCGCCGACCAGCGGGGCUACGAGGCCGUCGUCUACUACCUCGCCGGCCAGUACCUCAAGACCGACGAUAAGUCUGGAAAGAUCGUCGACCCGCGCCUGCAGCUCAACAAGGUGGUGCGAGAGAUCAAGUAUUCCCCGGGUGGCGUCACCGUCAAGACAGAGGACAACUCGGUGUACAGCGCAGACUACGUCAUGGUUUCUGCGAGCCUGGGUGUCCUGCAAUCCGAUCUCAUUCAGUUCAAGCCCAAGCUACCUACAUGGAAGGUUAGGGCGAUCUACCAAUUCGACAUGGCCGUGUACACCAAGAUCUUCCUCAAGUUCCCCAGGAAGUUCUGGCCUGAAGGGAAAGGAAGGGAGUUCUUCCUCUACGCCAGCAGCAGGAGAGGUUACUACGGAGUGUGGCAGGAGUUCGAGAAGCAGUACCCUGACGCCAAUGUCCUCCUGGUCACCGUGACCGACGAGGAGUCGAGGCGCAUCGAGCAGCAGUCGGACGAGCAGACCAAGGCGGAGAUCAUGCAGGUGCUGCGGAAGAUGUUCCCCGGCAAGGACGUCCCGGACGCCACCGACAUCCUUGUCCCGAGGUGGUGGUCCGACAGGUUCUACAAGGGCACCUUCUCCAACUGGCCAGUUGGCGUCAACCGCUACGAAUACGACCAGCUUAGGGCACCGGUUGGGAGGGUAUACUUCACCGGCGAGCACACCAGCGAGCACUACAAUGGCUAUGUCCAUGGAGCCUAUCUUUCAGGUAUCGACUCCGCUGAAAUUCUCAUCAACUGCGCCCAGAAAAAGAUGUGCAAGUACCAUGUCCAGGGAAAGUAUGACUAGGAAGCUACAGCAAAUUGAUUUAAAGCUCCAGCAAAUUGAGCAGUGUGGAUGUUGCAUUUCUCAGUUCAUUUUUUCCCUGUUUUCAACAAAGUAUAGAUGACAGCCAUGUUCCCUCGCGGCAUAUGCCUUUUCAUUAUUCCAAUAAAGCUAGCGGCUGGUUCGAUGAGCACGAUUUGUGAUCGAGUAUCCUGUUUAAUAAGUACGGUGUUUGCUUUUUUUUUCAUGAUGAGGGGUGCAUGGCUUAUGAUAUUCUAUCUAUUUGCUAAUCAAAACUUUGUACCAUGGGAA